AUGGCCGGAGGAGUGGCGGCGCCGCCGCCGAAGCAGGAGGAGAUGCACCCGCACCCGAUCAAGGACCAGCUACCCAGCGUCUCCUACUGCAUCACCAGCCCACCACCCUGGCCUGAAGCCAUUAUACUUGGGUUCCAGCACUUCAUCGUCAUGCUGGGCACAUCUGUCCUUAUACCCAGCGCUCUUGUUCCCCAGAUGGGAGGAGGAAAUGGUGAGAAGGCUCGGGUGAUUCAGACGCUGCUGUUCGUCGCCGGCAUCAACACCCUGUGCCAGUCAUUCUUCGGGACGCGUCUCCCCGCUGUCAUGGGUGGAUCCUACACCGUUGUUGCACCCACAAUUUCUAUCAUUUUGGCCAGCCGGUACAGCAAUGAAACAGAUCCUCAUCAGAAAUUCUUGCGGACCAUGCGAGGGACACAAGGCGCUUUCAUCAUUGCAUCCACGAUUCAGAUCAUACUUGGUUUCAGUGGCCUCUGGCGCAAUGUAGUUAGAUUGCUAAGUCCAUUGUCUGCUGCUCCUCUGAUAGCUCUUGCUGGAUUUGGGCUAUAUGAGCUUGGUUUUCCAGGGGUUGCGAAAUGUGUCGAAAUUGGGCUUCCAGAAAUCAUUCUACUACUCAUAUUUUCUCAGUAUUUACCUCAUGUUAUACAUGUGGCAAAACCUGUGUUCAACCAAUUUUCUGUGAUUUUCACCAUCGCUAUUGUGUGGCUGUAUGCAUACAUUCUCACUGUUAGUGGUGCAUACAACAAAGCCCCAAUGAAGACACAAGUCCAUUGUCGUGUUGACCGCUCCGGACUUAUCGGUGGAGCUUCCUGGAUAUCAGUCCCGUACCCUUUCCAAUGGGGGGCUCCCACAUUUGAUGCUGGUGAAUGUUUUGCAGUGAUGAUGGCAUCAUUUGUUGCUCUUGUUGAGUCAACUGGGACGUUCAUUGCUGUGUCAAGAUAUGCUAGCGCAACUAUGAUACCUCCCUCAAUUCUUGGUCGGGGCAUUGGUUGGCAGGGUAUUGGUACAUUACUGGGUGCAUUUUUCGGGACAGCCAAUGGGACUGCAGUGUCAGUUGAAAAUGCUGGUUUACUAGCUCUGACACAUGUUGGCAGCCGGAGAGUAGUGCAGAUAUCUGCUGGCUUCAUGAUUUUCUUCUCUGUUCUUGGGAAAUUUGGAGCCAUAUUUGCGUCAAUUCCACUGCCAAUAUUUGCUGCCCUUUACUGCAUUUUCUUUGCAUAUGUUGGUGCAUGCGGUCUGAGCUUCCUCCAGUUCUGCAACCUCAACAGCUUCAGGACCAAGUUCAUCGUGGGGUUCUCCAUCUUCAUGGGCCUAUCAGUUCCCCAGUACUUCAACGAGUACACGUCGGUCGCAGGUUACGGCCCGGUGCACACUGGCGCUCGAUGGUUCAACGACAUGGUAAACGUGCCGUUCUCGUCCAAGCCGUUCGUGGCGGUGCUGGUGGCCUACUUCCUGGACAACACGAUGCACAGGCGCGACAGCGCGGUGAGGAGGGACAGAGGGUACCACUGGUGGGACAAGUUCAGGAGCUUCAAGACGGACACCCGGAGCGAGGAGUUCUACUCCCUGCCCUUCAAUCUCAACAAGUUCUUCCCUUCCGUGUGAUGGUCUCUGCAGAAUGGAGAAGGUUCGUGUUAGCGUGACAUUUUCACGGCUAGUCUAGAAGUUGGCACGAUGUUUGUGUAAAUCCAGGGGCGCGUUGGACUAGCUGGAGGCUUGACAUGCAUUGUUGCGUUUUGGGUCAGCACAGGUGUAUGGGACUGCUGACUGUUUGCAACAUUCUCUGUCAGGUUUUUCUUGUAACAGA